ACAUAAUUCUUGUAGUUGACUACUUUAUGUUUUUAUGUAUUCUUAUUUAUUUGUAUAUCUCUUUUUCUUUUCCCUAAAUAUUUAUAACAGGAAAGGGCUUAACAGGCACAGUUUGUCACAACAUUAGACAUAAAGCAUGUCCACUCAGAGGGAAGUAGAGACAGGCUUAUUGACAGAGAGAGAUAAGGGAAAGUACACAGGGGCAAAGUCCAGGCCUUUCAGAUCACUGGAGGGGAAAAACAUGUAAAAGGUUUAUGAGCCCUAAUUUAACACUUUCUAUCAGGUUGGAAGCAGAUAAAAUACACCAAAUUUCAAAGGUUCCUGACUUUACUAGAUUCAAAUUCAGCACACUAAACAACGUUUAGACAUUGCUUAAGACAGUAAAGUUUAAAAAAACAACAAAAUAAACAUGUUUUAAACAGCUAAUUAACGAGUAUUUGAAUACUCUCCAUAAAGUUUACAGUUGGACGUGCACAGUGUACUCCAAAUAUCAGAAAAUGGGCCUAACAACUGCAUGUACAAAUAUCACUCAUGUGUUGAGUAAACACAGCCUCACAUGACCAGCCCUACUCCAUUAAUCUUCACCUUUGCAUGUAACUUAUUUAUUAAGAAAUGGCCACAGAAUAAUGAUGGGGGUGGGUAAUUAGUAACUAGCAAAGGAGGAACCCUCUUUAAAUUCGCCUCAGAAGCCAGGCUGCAGAGAGAGAGGGACAGACAGAGAAGCAGGAGAAGGAGGGAGGAAUUGGUAAAGAGAGGGGAGCCGAGCUUAAGAAGAAUAAAGGAAAAGAGGGGAGGUUAUCAGGAAGUUGGCAGAAAUGAGAAGUUGGAAGUGGACUGGAAAGGAAAGAGGGCAAACUGAAUGGAGGGGAAACCUUUGAGAGUUAAUGCAGUCCUUUAUCUUUUCUCUCUCUCUUUCAGUGUAAAACGCUCACUUUCUUUGCCUGGGAUCACCUUAUACCAUUCUCAGGUUCAGCCUAUCAGCACCUUUUUGUGUAGCGCUCUUGUUACCCCACCCCACCCUUGGGAAGAUGGCAUUAUACUGUAUUUGGAAGGGUAACAGAGCUCCCUCUAUCUCAGUGAGACAUGCCACUGACCUGUAAUUAAGUCCCAUUGUACUAUUCAGAGAAAACUCCUCACCAAAAUGGACAGAGGGCAAUGUGUGUGGAUUUCCAACAGCUCAGAUAGCGCUGUGACUAAUGCUCCACCACACAAGCUGGGUUUAUCAAAAUGGACCACAUGCAGUACACAUUAGAGCUCGCAUUUUCCCUCUCCAGAGAACUCAAAGCUAUGUUGAUUGGUAAUGAGAUACAAUCCACACUGUCCAUCUCUCAUUAGUGAGCCAUUGCUGGCUUUCUCUAUCUGUGUUCUCACCGCUCGCUCUGUCUCUGCCUCAGCCUAGUGGUCCCCCUCUCCACCCCGUCCCCAACCCUGCCAUUCAACCCCAUUGAUCAUGCAUGCAGAAAUUUAACACACCCCUUAAUUCCUGUCCAAAUAGCCCCUCUGCCACUUCCAGAGCUUCAUCUGCCCGCCUGUAGAGGUUAGAGUAUGCCUGUGUGAGGGGCAGGACACUGGCUGCAGCACUCAGCGAGGAUAAAGUGUGUUGGAGAGGACAAUCACAAGUCUAAAUCUGUGCCCAAACAUCCUGCGUUACACGCUCCGAGCUUGUAGUGUUGCUCUGAUUGAUCGUGUUACAGGUGCGUGUGUGUGUGUAUUUUGGAGACAAAACCAGCACUUUGAGUGCGUUGUAAUGUCAGUAUCCUAAUAUCCAGACGUCACAGUCCAAACAUUUGCACCAAACUCGGAGCCUCCAUUUUACACCCACCGUAAGUCAAAGCUGGCAUUGUCUUUGAGUGGCCCAGGCCAUUGAUUGGCCUUAACAUUGGUUACCAGGUCACAUGUUGAGUCAGUGUUGGGAAGAUUAGCGGGAGCUGCUGGCUUUGGAACUAAUUAAAUACUUAAACCCCAGCAAUGAAUGAGCACACAGCGCACAAACCUCCUGUUAUACCACAUUGCAUAAGCUGGUUUGCAGAAUGCAAGGUGUCUUAACACAGACGAACAUGUUGCUGGUGAUAUCCAGCACUGAUACAAAUUAACUUGAUUACAGUUAAGAUAUUAGUUAAUAGAUCAGUGAUACAAGAGGAAUGGAAAAUACCACAGAGUAAUUGUAUAACAAACCAUUUGUUAUUCAGGCGCCUCAGACACUUUUAGAGCCUGUGGGUGUAUUAAAGGAGUAGUUUGACUUCAUAUUAGAGAAACAUUUGCUUCAUUUUGGCUUAAUAAUAUUUAAACAGGCUACUAGAAACUUGGCGAAAUUUUCCAUGAACACUGCACUGUAAGGACAAUGUAAGAUUUAUAGAGUAAUUGACAAAAUUGCCUGUUAUAAAACUCGUGUCUGUAGUAACCAUGAUUUUUUUUUAGAUUGAAUUAAUAGCACAUGAUAUUACUUUCAUGAAAGAAACACGUGUGUCAGAGAUGUUUGCAGGACUUUUAUUGCAAUCUUUUUUAAUGUUUGCCAUUUUUAAAGACCUCACAAAACAGGUAAAGAGACAAUUACAGAUUAGUUGUUGUCCCUGUAAACUGUCCAUGUUGACCCUUCUUAUCUGAACGAGAAUGGAAAUUGUGUCAAAUUAGUCACAAUUAAUCAGAACGUGAGAGGAAGUAAGGAGAUUCUGCCUUCACAAUAAAGGCUUAAUGAAAUCUUAAAAAAGUACAUUGAAAUCUCAGACUCAGUUUUAAAUUACUUAUGGUUCAGAUUGUAUUUUGACAUCUGUAGGACUGUUUUGCAAGUGUUUCCUUUCAAUUCAGUCAGUAAAGCUCUUUGUAAAAUAUGUUUUUACUCUUUAUCAUUAUAAAAAGCUAUUUUUUAAUUACAUAGCAUCAUAGGAAUAUUUUGUUGAUAUAAACUAUUUAUAAAAUAUAUUUUAUAAAUAAUAAACUUGUAAUAUAUUGUGUUUUGAAUACAUUAAUAUCAGAAUGGGACAACUCUGUGACUUUGCUUGUUAAUUUAUGUGAAAUCGGAUUCUGAAAUACUGUAUUUAUAGGUUUAUUAAUCAGCAAUGAAGAGUAGAAAAAUGUCUCUUUAUAUGGAAAAAGGUCUUCAUUCACUGAUUGACUGUUGGAUACCUCAUAUUGUUUCAUAACAGUUAGUUUACUCAUUUGGCAGACGCUUUAAUCCAUAGAGACUUACAUUUGAGGAACAACAUACAAGCAUCCAUAAAGCAUCAAUAAAGUCUACAAGUGACACUAGAUACUACUAAGAACAGCAAGCUAUACUGUGAAAUUUAAGUGGCUGUAAUGCAUUAUGCUAGUUACUUUCAGAUUGCUUAUAAAUAUGUUAGCAAUAAAGAAUACUAAAAUUUUAAAUGUGCACUCACUUUCGGCAUUUAGACGCAUGCAGUUCAGUUGAUCCAGUAAUGCCUUUCACUUUUCAUAAAUAUCAUCACAAUAUCUUUUUUGACAUUUCUGUAGAAAGACUUUACAAUUACUACCCAUCCCUAACUAUGAAGGCCUAUGUGGUCUUUACUAUUAAAUUAUAACUUGGUAUUUCUUUUUUAUUUAAACCAUCCAUUCGUCCAUUCAUUAUCUAUAACUGCUGAUUAUUUAUAGAGGUUUAUGUCUGUUGUUGCGCAUCUAGUCACCAAAGCAAAUUCCUUGUUUGUGUAAAAACUGCGUGGUAUUAAAACUGUGAUUAUGUUUCGUCUCCAUUAAACUCUCCACCGGGUUUUUAUUUUUGAAAGGCUUCAGCGGAAGCGAUGCGUUUGAUAUCUGCAGCCUUGACGCCGGCACCGGUGGUGGGAUGAGAGAGAGGCAGCAGCGUGGGGGGGGGGGGGGGGGGGGGGGCGGCUGACUGGAGGAGGAGUCUGUCCCAGGCUGCAUCUGGCCCAGCUCCCCUCUCUGCCACCCCGGGCCAAACCCGCCCAGCUCCUCUCACUCAUUCUCCGCCUGUUCUCCCGCACGGCUCGGCUCGGAUACACGCAGCAGCACUCUCUCACUCAUAACGCACAGCGAGGACACGGAAUGGAGACGGAAGGGAGCCAGAGCAGCCUGUCCACCACGGACUCCCCACACGACCCCUGCAAAAUGUUCAUAGGUGGACUCAGCUGGCAAACAACACAAGAGGGUUUGAAGGAGUACUUCUGCAAGUACGGCGAGGUGAAGGAGUGUAUGGUGAUGCGAGAUCCGGUUACUAAGCGCUCGAGAGGGUUUGGAUUCGUCACCUUUGUUGAUCAGGCCGGCGUGGAUAAAGUUUUGGCCCAAACCAGGCAUGAGUUGGACUCCAAAACAAUCGAUCCAAAGGUUGCAUUCCCUCGCAGAGCUCAGCCCAAGUUAGUGACUCGAACCAAGAAGAUCUUUGUUGGAGGCCUUUCAGUGAACACAACCAUCGAGGACGUGAAACAGUACUUUGACCAGUUUGGGAAGGUCGACGAUGCCAUGCUCAUGUUCGACAAGACCACCAACCGGCACAGAGGGUUUGGCUUUGUGACGUUCGAGAACGAGGAUGUGGUGGAGAAAGUCUGUGAGAUCCACUUCCAUGAGAUCAACAACAAAAUGGUGGAGUGCAAGAAAGCUCAGCCCAAGGAGGUGAUGUCCCCCACGGGCUCAGCCAGGGGGCGCUCUCGUGUGAUGCCCUAUGGAAUGGACGCCUUCAUGCUGGGCAUUGGUAUGCUGGGUUAUCCAGGCUUCCAGACAGCAACCUACACUAGUCGGAGCUAUGCUGGCAUCACUCCUGGAUAUACCUACCAGUUCCCUGAGUUCCACUUAGAGAGGACUCCCCUUCUGACUUCACCCCACCCCCCUGAGCUCACAGCCAUUCCUCUCACAGCAUAUGGACCAAUGGCAGCGGCAGCGGCAGCAGCAGCAGUAGUUAGAGGCUCCAACCGGGGCUCAGCUGGAUUUUUAGGUACAAGCAGCCCGGGCCCGAUGGCAGACCUGUAUGGCGCAGCCAGUCAAGAGUCUGCGGUCAGCAGUUACCUCAGCGCUGCCAGCCCCGCCCCAAGCACUGGAUUCAGCCAUAGUUUGGGGUUUGUACUCCCACAGGGCCCUUUGAUCGCCACGGCCUUCACUAACGGCUACCACUGAGAGUAGCUGUAGACUGAGAGCUGGAAGGAGUUGAAGCUGCUUUGGAGCUGAUCUGGCCUGUCUCGGUCCAGUCCACCUCUCUGGCUGGGGCAGCUGAACCCCUCCACCCUGGUGUCAGCCUGAACCCAGCCAACCCUACUGACGCCUCACUAAACUCCACCUCCUGAGAAAAUAAAAGAAGAAGAAAAAAACGUCACGAAAGGAGUGAAAAUGGUUAUCACUACAUGUAAUAGCAACACAUAAAGAUGCUGUAUUUUUAGUGUUUUGUUUUUUUAUGUUGUUAUGUUUCACCUUGCUGUUUUUUUUUUUUUUUGUGAUGGCUGCGUUGUUUCUUUAUCUGUUUUGACUGUGUUUUAUUGGGUUAUUUGACCUCAGAACCUGAUCUCUCUGAGAAAAGAGGAGAAAAAAAAUCUCCAAGUGAAGCUUGUUUGAAGGUCAGGAGCUGUACUUUGUACUGGAAAACUGUAUAUUUGUCACUAGUUCAUACUGAAUUUUAACAAAAACAUUUGUGAUUAAUACUAUUUCUUGAAAAUGUGUCACAAAGUGUAUAUCUUGGUAGGUUUUUAACAAAGACUUGAUACACUAACAAAGGUCAGAUGACAAAGGUCAUUAGUCACAGUUACAGAAUAGGCCUACAUGAGCUGUACAAUUUUGUAAAAUAUUGUAAAUAUGACUGGUUUCUGCGGGGGCUGCGCUAAUUUUUGUGUCUGGGAGGUGGGAGGCUUUUGGAGAAAUGGCACAAUUGUUUCUUUCAUCAAUCCUUAUGUGUUGGAAAGCUUGACUGUUACGUAUCAUAGUGUCACGUGGAGGUCAAGGACAUUUGAGUACGUUUCAGUCAGUCUGUCUGUGUCACACCAGCCAUAAACUGUAAUCUUCUCCAGGCAUUUAUUAAGGAUGUGAUGAUUUGAUUCUGUUACUGCGUUUAAAAGCUGCCUCAGAGUUGAAGCACUUUCAGCUUUGUGUUCAGCAGGAGAGAAGCUGAGUCUGGAACAACACUUUACUUUUUGGGGAUAAAUGGGUGUAAAAAAUGCUCCUCUAUCAGGAGAGGAAAAAACAUGCUGUUUUCUUACUUUUGUCAUAUUGUUGUUUUAACUGUAAUUUUCAAUAUGUGAUGAUUGUUUGUGAAGGAAAAUGAAGGACUAGUGUGCAGGCGCAGUCAUGCACAGGUAACACUGUUGUGACUGAAUCUAUCUGCAGGUUGUGCUGAUUUUUGCGUGAGCAUGACAUAUGGUUUUAUACACAUUGGUUUCCAAUGUGCUGUUUGUUUUUGUUUUUUUUUUGGAAGGGGGGGGGGUUGUACCUCAGUUGCAAAUGUGAAAUUUUAAUCAGACUUAUUUUGUUAUUAUAUUAACAUCUAUGUAAAAGUGUGGAUGGUUAAACCUUUUUGAAAGGUGGUGUUUGUAACAGGAAGAGGCGAGUGGGGGUCUUAUUAACUCUUGUUUACCUGUCAACACUCCCACCCAGCACCCACCACCACCAAUCCAUCACUGCAUAUCCACUGGAGGUCACAUACUGUAGCAAUGUGACAGCUAUUUUUAGACCAAAACAUUUAUGUUCAGAGCUACUAGGAUGUUGCACUGGCAGAUCACAAUAAAUGUGUUUUCCUUUGAAUGUUAGCUUAAGAACAAAGCACCCUCAUCUACAAAGUACCAGGUUUUUACAUUUUGAUGAUACACUCGCUCACACUGCUGCGGGGGCUACCACGGUAGUUCAUACUUUGAUGCUCUUUUCACUGAAAAAUAACAAUCUUGUCAACACUGUAACAUUUUUCUGAUUUUCUUUUUUUUCCCUGUCAAGUUUAUUCCUUAUGGAGAAAAAAACACUUUUUAAAAAUUCCUAAUAAAUUAUUUUAAAACAUUC